GGUUCGACUCCGCCCCCUGUCUCCGGCCCUGCUCGCGCUGCUGGCCCAUGAGAGUCCCUUCCUGCCCGCUAAACUAAACUUAUCCUUCAGGAGGAAAAACGGACGAACUGCCAUACACGCGAAUAUCCGAGACAUUACUGAAGACCGAGGGACUUUUUCACGUCCCCCCGACGUGUUUGUCCCGCAGCGGGGUGAAGCAGAGAUGUGGGUCUGGUACCUCCUGCUGGGGUCGGGAACGGGCAGCAGCUCUGUGGAGAGCCAGCUUCUCCCUGGGAAUAACUUUACCACUGAAUGCAACAUCCCAGGAAACUUCAUGUGUGGUGAUGGCUUGUGCAUCCCUGGAAGCUGGCAGUGUGACGGUUUCCCCGACUGCUUUGACAAGAGCGAUGAGAAGGGUUGCCCAAAGGUGAAGUCUAAGUGUGCCCCCACCUUCUUCGGCUGCGCUAAUGGCGUCCACUGCAUCAUCGGCCGCUUCCGCUGCAACGGCUUCCGUGACUGCCCCGACGGCAGCGACGAGGACAACUGCACAGGUAAUCCUCUGGUGUGCUCAGCGGCUCGCUUUCACUGCAGGAACGGCCGAUGUGUGGAUCGAAGUUUCCUCUGUAAUGGCCAAGACAACUGCCAGGACAACAGUGAUGAAGAGAACUGCCUUUCCACAGCAGAGUCUCCAGGUCAGGAUUUUGUGACGUUGGACUACCGGUUACGUUACUACCCCAGCAUCACCUACGCCGUCAUAGGCAGUGCCAUCAUCUUUGUCCUGGUGGUGGCGCUGUUGGCCCUUGUGCUGCAUCAUCAGAGGAAAAGGAGUGUGUUACUGCCCCGGAGCGGAAGCCACACGCACCCUCAUCAGCCACUGCUGCUCUCUCGGCUGGUGAUAGUAGACAGAGGACAUAUCUCACCUCCAUCCUCCUCUCCAUCAGCACACUUCAGCUCAGCACACAGCCUCCAGCUGCUCACCAGCUCACUCUACCCACAAGGAGCCCCGCUGGAGUCGCCACCCUCGUACUCACAGGCAGUGCUGGAUGUCAGUCGACCACCGUGGUUUGACCUCCCGCCUCCUCCAUACCCUCCUGAUGGUGAGGCUGCGUGUGCCACAGAGCCACCUGUUUAUGAAGCGUCCACACAAGCCAGUGCGACUCCCGCAGUCCGACCCGAGAGAGCACAAGUACACAGCAUCAGUCCUGCAGUCAGAUGUGAAGCAGCACAUCCUCAAACCCUCACUUCAGCUCCACAGCAGCUAUAGCUGUCCAGUGAGGGGACACAAAGACACUUGUAUAUAGGACACAGAGACAUGUAUGGGGCUUACUGUGGGGAAGAAUAAAAGACCACACAGAGUGCCACAGAAGACAUCUUUUUUUACUCAGAGUGAUUUCCAGAGUACAAAUCGCCAUCUUCUGGGAAAAAUGUGACAUUACAGAAGCUCAUGAAAGGACACUUCGUGAAAGGACACUGUAGAGAGUGAGAAAUCUUCUUCACACCUCUGAGAUGUGACUGAUCUCCUACACAAGACUGAUCUAGACAUUUUAUUAAUGAUGCAGGCACCAAACGAGUAGCACUCAAGUACUAAAAUACUAAAAACUCUCCUGAGUGGUUCUUUAUUCAUACUUAUUUCUUUCUGUGUUUGUUUUUCAUUCAACACUUUAUAAUAUUGUGGAAAAACCACUAUGCAAUGUGAACUGUGUAAGAUGUAAAGAGAAAAUGAUACAAGUAUGUAAAGAAUUCCAGGUAGUCCUACCCCAUACACCAUUCUUAUCAUUAAAGCACUUAAUAAUUUAUCUUCUUCCUACACUUUUGCUCAUCGUGUUCCCUUCAGUGAUUUCUCAGAUUCAGUCUGCAGUAAACUCUAAUAAUCCUUCAGCUACUUUCACGCUAGCACAGUUUUCUCACUGAAAGUGCUGAAUGAGAUUCUGACUGUCAUUCCAAUAAAUGUUCAAACUUCCACGGGUUUGUCCACGUGCACAUGAACAAUUCACGAUCCUUCAAUAAUCAUUAGAAAUCUUUAGAUGACAAUCUGUUUAUAAUAUGUUUGUGCUGGAGUUAUUGUCUGUAGAAGGUAAACUAAUAAAGUAGAUGAAACGGCUCAAAAUACGCAUAACCAUGACAACAUGUGGUCAGCAGCUUGUGGUGUUCUCUGUAUUUCUGCACACAUUUGUUGCAAUUUUACAGGUCAGUGUGAGUGACGUGUUAUUCUAAACCAGCACUGUUUAGUAUCUCCAUUUAGGUUCCUGUAACCAUCUGAAUGCUGUAAAGGUUUGUAUUGUGGAGCAUUUUUUUUACUGCAGCAGACGUUUCCCAUGUUUCAUUAACCUGCUGUCCUUUACUGUGCCCAAAAUCUUAGAACACAAUCACUUGGAUUUGUACUAAAUUUAAAUUUAUUCAAUUAAAAUAUUUAUACAGUAUACCCUCGCUGUCCACUUUAUUAGGAAUACCUGUACAACUUCACAUUCAUGCAGUUUUCAAAUCAGCCAAUCACAUGGCAGCAGCGCAGCGCAUUCAUUUAUUCAGAUACGGAUAAAGAGCUUCAGGUAAUGUUCACAUUAAUUAUCAGAAUGGGGCAAAAGUGUGAUCUCUGUGACAUCGAUUGUGACUGGGAUGUAGGUGUCAGGGUGAAAUUGCCUUGUUGAUAUGGAUGGAUUUUCCAGCCAGCAAACCCUCUGCUCACAGGGUGUGGUGGUGGUGGUGGUGGUGGUGGUGUAUUUUUGCACCAUUCCCAUGGGUUCAGCAGUGUCUGAAAAACACAAACCAUGACCCAGUUAACGUCACAGACAUGACACCUUUUUCAUUCUGAAGUUUGAUCAUUAACUGAACAUUAACCGAAGCUCUUGACUUGUAUCUGCAGGAUUGAAUGCAUUGUGCUGCUGCUACACGAUUGGCUGAUUAGAUAAGUGCGUGCUUGGAUGUACAGAUGUUCCUAAUAAAGUGGACAUUCAUUGUAAAUACCUCAUGCCAAAAAUAAGUGGUUACACCAAUUCUGCCUAAUUAGUCAGCUUAUCUAUCUCAGUUUAUUACCAGUGACUGAACUGGAAAAAAAACCUUACCGAAGUCAAGUGUGAAAGCAGCCGCCGGAAUGCUGGGUUGUAUGUGGCCUUGUUUCUGAAAAAUACAGUCUUAAUCUCUUACUAUAUAACAGUAGAGUAUAGUUCCGUUAUUUUUAGUGAAAUGAACUGUAUUUCUCACAGAUCACUCUAUAAUAAUUUGACAUUAUCUCCUCCAGGCCAGUGUGCCUGCUGUUCCAUUAACCCUCUGCAUGCCGUGAGCAGGAUCUAGCUGGUGCAUGCUGUAAUUAAUCUGUACUAAAUCCCACAGUGCCUUACAGAUUAAAGUGUUCGGAGGUCCAGAAAAUGUAGCCAUUAAUUACACUUGAUUGUAAGAGCUUCAGUUUUGAAGUCACAUGAUUACUUCCUUUGUGUCUGACAAUCGGUGUAUUUGGUUCGGCGUGAAUGAAAUGUGGCUGUUUUAAUAGUUUUACAUUCUAGAAUCAAUCCCAUUAUUUAAAAGCUAAGAAAAUGUGUUUUUAUUUAAAAAAAAAUGUUGUAAACAAGCUGUAAACAAGACUAGUGUUCAUUUCUAAACUGCCUCUUAAGGGUUGAUGUGUUCACUGUGGAGUACAGAAUUACAGAAGUGAAGGAUAAGAACUUGUUUAAUGCUGGGUUUUUUUUGUUGUUCUUGUCAGACUUGAAGGUUUUAAGUAAAAGGUUUUUCUCAUCUGAGAGAAAGUGGAUGUAUUUAACAUUGUGAAUAUGUUAAACUGUACAAACAUGUACAUAAAAAAGCUUUGCUUCUGUCUUUUUCUUCACCCCAAGCCAUUAAACUACAGUGCUCCAUGGAGGAGAUCAGCUUGUGGUGAUAGAAAUGUGUGUAAAGUUUGACCAAAGCAGAAUUUCUAUUAUGUGGAAUCGUGGUUUAAAAUAAAAUAAAAUAAAACCUA